CUGCCUGGCGGUUCCGGCUGUCGCGUUGGCUGUGGGCGGCCGGUCGUGGCUCAUGCGCAGAGUGGAUCGGGUCGUCCCGGUUUGUGAGAUGCGGUGACGGGAGCCGCUCGGAACUCCAAAGCGGCCGCCCCUCCCCCCCCCGCGGUGUCGCCAUGACCAACGCCUACUCGCUGGACGGGGUGCUGGUGUUCGGGCUGCUCUUCGUCUGCACCUGCGCCUACUUCCGGAAGGUGCCGCGGCUCAAGGCCUGGCUGCUCUCGGAGAAGCGCGGGGUCUGGGGCGUGUUCUACAAAGCUGCAGUGAUUGGCACCAGACUUCAUGCAGCAGUGGCUAUAUCCUGCAUUGUGAUGGCUUUUUAUGUUCUGUUCAUAAAAUGAAUCUCAAGGCUUCAGACACACAAAUCUGUUUGGGAGAAGCUGCUGAAAAUGAGGACUUACCUGAGGCGGAGAGAGAGGUCAAUAUUUAAUCUCUUUAAAGGAAUGGACAGAGCCCAGUUUGGCGAUGCCAAGAGGAAAUGCCCCCAUUACCAAGCCUUUUCCAAACCAAGAGAGUGAUCCUCUGCUCUUCACAACGGCUCCAAGUUCUCUGUGCUUUCAGCAAAGUGAGAAGAUGUUCUUUUAUCUUCUUAUCCCUUUAUAAAGUAAUCAGUAAAGAUCACUUAAUGUAUGGAUGUAUACAGAUCAAAUCCUCUUUCCUAUAACAUUAUACAGUCUGCUUAAGGAAAACCUUGUGUUGUUUCACGAUUAAUUGCUUGGGCCUACCAAAAUGGAUACAAUUUUCAGUUUGGCAGAACAUAGAUGGGAACAGGUUGCAUUUAAGCUAUUUUAGAGAUACUUUCUUUAAGUCCCAAUAAGUGUAGUAAGAACAGCAGGGGAGGGAGAUAGUUGACCGUAAUGAAACUCUUGUGUUAGAGCUACGUGUUUUGGGGCCUAAGACUAGGGAGAUGAUAUCCUAAAGGCACAGAUCUCAACUGAAACUUCUCAAUAGGUAACAAAGUGAAACCCAUCUAACGUGGUUCUGUAUUCUACCUUCUGUAUUCAUGUAAGAAGGUUUUUCAAGCAAAAAGUAGAUCUGGAUUGCAGUGGGCAGCAAAUCACUGUUCAGUGAUAGCAGUGUGUCAUUGGUGUAAACGUAGCACAAGAUAGAGUGCUUGCUCUCUGGGACCCUGACAUACUGUACAAAUCAUCCUCGUCCUUGAACGAUGUCAUGGAUGAAAGUGGUUUAGAAGCCGACACAAGCCUUGAUGUUUAUACUAAGGAGGGAGUAGGUGGGGAGGGGAUGGGAACACUAUGUAACUAAACUUAAUAGUAAAGAUAAUGUUUAAGCCACAUUUUAACAUCACAACUUGUAUAUUUGGAAAGUGUAUAGAUUGUUAAAGACAAAUGCCUCCUGUACUGAUGUUGUUCUGCAUUUUAUUUCCAUCUCUAAUGGGCCUGUCUUCUCAAUUUGUUUUCCACUUCUCUUGAGCUGUUCUCUCCAGCUUCUACACACCCAGAUUGAAAUGUAGGAAUCAAUCCCCUACAGUAGUUGCAGUGAAGGGAUCACUCAACUACUUUUUUGUAGCUUAGUUUUUUAAAAUUCUCCAUUGUUUAUAAAAUCCUGAAUAAAAAACUUGCCUAUAAAAUGUC